ACGACGGCUAACUCGUAAAUUAAACGUUACCUAUGGCCCAAGUACAGAGGAAAGUCUGCUUAAUUGUUAUUGAUGGCUGGGGCAUCUCAGAGAACAAAGAAGGUGAUAAGUUUUUGUUGUUUGCGUUGUAUUUGCCGGCUUGAACACUCUCGCCACGCAACCGGUGAUCCAUGACUUCAGAAAUACUCUUUCAGCAACCUAUAUUUUGCGCUGUUGUUAAUCUCUCGAUAUGACACACUCUCAAUCGAUUUCUUGAAUCAGACCAUUAUUGGGAAUCGGAGAACUUUGUAUCAUAGGGGUAAUCGGGUAAUCGCACGUUCUAAGACUCACUCAAAUGACAGCCAACUGUUAAGCGAAUAUUAACGCCAUGUUAUCGGGUCAUCGGUGACUUUUCCUCCAUAAGCUGCUUAACUACUCAUCCAGUUGUUUAAUAUUUCAUGAUGUUUAAAAAUUUCAUGCAUGAUUUUUUAAUAUGUCUAAGAACGUUCAGUAACUAAGGUGCACCUUUUCUGUCCCGUGUAGUGUUGCGUGACAUCGCGUGACUAGUCUCAGCAGACCAUGCACAGCUCCAACUUGCGUGGCUGUGUCCCAGACUCCUCCAAUCAAGGGGAAAUUGAAGAGUUAUUAAAAUUUUUGCAGCAUAAUUUGUUAAACACGUUGUGUGCCUAGAGUAUGCAUUUUUAACUUGCUUGUCCUGAAGUGCUACAUUAGCAAAAAGCUAGCCUGAGAAAACAGCCCACAUUUCGGGACACCACCACUGGUUUCCUCCCAAAAUGACAUCUGAGCAACAACUGCAGAAAUUCCAUACUGAUGGCACACCGCUACCCAGAUCUGGGUAGUGCUGCUUUCGAUUGACUGAAGCAAAUUUCCCUUGCGACACAACUGACAGUCACAAGCACCACCCAGAUUUGGGUAGUGACACAUCAUCAGCAUGGAAUUCUGCAUCGUUUCUCAGAUGUCAUUUCAAAAUAUCAGCUGUUUUCUCAGGCUAGCAUAAAGUUGACCUCCUUCAGGAUGGUAAAGAGUGGGAUACGCCUUGAUUAUGAAUCAUAACGGUAUAUUCUUCUAAUCUCAAAAGAUGUACCGUCAAACCUCUCCACAAUGAGCACCUUGGGGACAGAAGAAAGUGACCGUUGUGGAGAGGUGGCCGUUAUGGAGAGGUAGGGGUGUAAUAUGACAAUUUUUUUUUUAAGGAGUUCAAACGUGUUCACUGAAUGUACAUACCGGAGUCACGAUUAAUCAUCAAUAAGCCAUAUGGAUCAAAUUUCACAACCAUUCUUGACUUUUUCAUCAGUGGCUGUUGUCAAGAGGUUAUUUUGGCAGUUUAGGACAUGCUUUAGUAGACAUUAGCGUUAUAGAGAGGUUUAAACAAGAGUCAAUGUAUGGACUGUUCGCCAGGACAAAAAAAAAGGCCACUGUGGAGAGAUGGCUGUUAGUGGAGGUUCCACUGUACUCUUUUGAGACCAUUUCAAUCAUGUAUUUUACUGUGAUUAUCUCCAAUCAUAAUUUUUAAUACUUGUUCUGUCGAGGCUGGAUGGGAGUGUAGGAAAAGUCCUAAAAAGGAUCAAUUUCAGUCUUUUGCUUUAUUAUUAAGCCAUUUGCAAUUGGCUGUCUUGUGUUUAUUGUUGCAUUUGAAUAAGAUGGGUUAGUGCAAUGAAAUAAGAAACUUCUUUUCAGUUUUCACUGAUGCUUUCCUUUAGAAUCAUGAAUUUGCUACAGUGUCAUGCUGCACUGUUAAGUCUAAAUUCAUGGAUGAAGCCAAUAUUUAAGAUGCUGUCCCUGCUAUUUUUUGCUCAGUUCAUGCUUAUGCUCAAUGCAACAUGUGUAUCUGAUGAUGUGCUUUUUUUUCUUUAAUCACGCAGGCAAUGCUAUUGCCAAUGGAACUGUACCAGUUAUGGACAAGUUUUGUGCUGGCCAAGACAAUGCUUACACCACACUAGAUGCCUCAGGCUUGUCAGUUGGUUUGCCAGCAGGGCUUAUGGGUAAUAGUGAAGUAGGUCAUUUGAACAUUGGUGCAGGAAGAGUUCUUUAUCAGGUAAAAGCUAUGAUAAUUAUAACAAUAAUACAAGUACCCUAAGAAAUAAUUAACAUCAAAUUUCUCCUUCAAAUAUUACUGCUUAAUCAAAUCUUUAUUCUUAAGAUCAUGAGAAUACAGAAAAUAAUUUUUGUACUUAAGAUAGAAAUGCUGUGAUGUUUAACCAAAUUCUGGUCGUACCUGUAAGUGUUAUAAAAACAUUCUCUGUGUUGAAAAUGAUAAAAAAGAAGCUUUAAGCCACGUUUUACUGAAUUCUGAGCAACGACAAUUAAUCGAGACAUUUUGACCAAGAAUAAUUGAUGGUUUUUUUCCACCAUUUAAAAAUUGAAGAAUAUCUGCUUUGAUAUUAAUUUGGGCUUUAAGGUUUACUGUGGAUUACUUAUCUAUUUAAUAUGUUAAAAUUAGAACAAGGAUAUUUUUUCACUUAAGUUAUGCAUACUGUUUAUUUACACAUGAAUAAUUCUUCUGCUCUCACUAUACAAAGUUUCCAGUUCAAACAAAAAAUUCCUUUGUCUUUAAGAGCAAAACAACUGACAUGAGGCAUAAUUGUGUGAAACUAUCUCACAAUUGCAAUAUUUUUCUAGGAUAUUGUGAGAAUUAACAUGACAUCAGAUAACAAGGAGUUUGCUAAAAAUGAAGUUUUGGCUGAUGCAGCAGCAAGAGCAAAGUCUGGAAAUGGAAGACUUCAUUUUCUGGGUUUGGUAAGUAAUUAGAGCAUUCAUGUCAGAUGAUACACUGACAGAUAAAUAUUUAGUUUUUGAUUUAUAAAAAACACUUUGAUGAGAAUUUUUUUUGUAAAACAUUAACAAAGGCAUAAAAGAGUAUGGUGAUAAAAACAUGACGUGCUUUCGUGGAAGGAUUGUCACCAUUUUUUGUGGCCAUGUGGUCUGUCACUUCUACCUCUUGGAAGGCCUCUGAGAGAGCUUUGGAACGACUCUCUGGUUUGUCAUCCUGUUCUAAGGAGAAUAUAGCUAGAGCCUUCAACCAAUUGUAGAUACAAUUACACAGGGGAUGAAGAUUGGCUUGUGAAGAAAGAGCUAACUUAAAGCUGGCUUUUAGAUUUACUAAAUUCAUAAGUCUUGAUAGUCUAUUAUGACAGGAGGCACCUUCAUGGCUUUCAUCUGGUGCCUGGAACAAGAGACAGAAAAGCAUCUGCUCUUACAGGCUUAAAACUUAACUGAUCUGUGCAUUUAAUGCUUACAAGUAUAAGACCUAAUUGGGACUAAAGGUUUGCUCACGUGUAGAUUUUCCCCAAUGUUUAGUCAACUGGGGAACACUGCACACCUCUAAGACCAAUGGCAAGGUGUUCAGAAUUGCUUUUCAUCAUAAAAACUGUUGUAAGUAAUUAAAUAUGAAUAAUAUAUUGUUCUAACUGUAUUACUCUACAUUGUUUUAGAGCUGAUGAAGUAGUUACUUAGAAAAAGUUACGUUUGAAGUUUAUCGUAAUUCAAAAUUGGUUCAGCAUUAUUUUUUCAACAUUUAAGUACUGCCCUUGAGUAAGGACUGCCGUGUAAAACUGAAGCGAGACUAGGAUUAUAUUUUAGGAUUUUAUUUCAGGUCAGUGAUGGUGGUGUCCAUUCACAUAUUACACAUUUGGAGUCAUUAAUUGAUGCAGCUAAAGAACUUGGCGUUCCAAAGUGUUUUAUUCAGUUUUUCUCUGAUGGGCGAGAUACCUCACCAACCAGUGGAGGUUUGUUAAAUUACUAGUAUUCACAAGGCUCUUUUCUAAGAAAAACUUGAGGAAGCCUCUGAAAUUCAUUAUCCCCAGUACAUGGUUUUUGUCCUAAGUCACUUUAGGCCUUUUCCAGACAUCCUAGGUUCAGUUAAUACACAUGCACUUUAAUAGGCUUUUUUGCAAUAGCUAGUCAGGUGAUCAACUUUCCGUAAACAUGAAAACAGUUCGCUUUUGGAAAAUUUUGUUAGCAGGAACUGAAAGUGCAUAUUUUAAUUAGGGAAUUAGGUGUUGCAACAGCUACAAAAAAAAUUAGAAGGAUUUGUAUGGGAAAAACAAUUCUUGCCACCUAGUCAUGGCUGAGUGGUUUUCCAUGCAGGUUCAGGAAAAAUGGGGUAAUCAAAAAACCCCAAAAUACCGUAAAAUUCCGAAAAUAAGCCCCUCCAUGUAUAAGCCCCUCCAAAUAUAAGCCCGCCAAACUCAUAACGCAAAAAAACCCUCCGUUAAAUCGCCCCUCCAAAUAUAAGCCCCCCCAGGGGGCUUGUACUCGGAAAUUGCCCUCAAAUACAAAGUAAAACAAAAAAAACGUAAAUUUCCUUCCAUUUAUAAGGCUAGCCUAAUCGAUUUUGAAACGCAAAUUUCCCUCCAUAGAUAAACCCCUCCGAAUAUAAGCCCCUCAAAAAGGGCCUUUGAAAAAUGUAAGCCCCGGGGCUUAUUUUUGGAGUUUUACGGUAGUCUUAUGCCAAUUGUUUUUUACCCAAUUUGGCAUUUUUGAAUGGCCAGAUUUGGUUGUUUUGUGCUAAAAAGAGGAUUUUCACUGAAAACUCGGUACUUUUCUUAACAGGGCCUCAUUCUAAGGGAUGUAUUAUAAAAUAAAUGGUUCAAUAUCUUAUGAAGCCAAUGCAUAUCUAUGUUACAAAUAAAUUUUAUCUUUGUCUUGUUAGUGUGAGCAGGAUAGUUUACAGAACUUCACACAUACUAUUAGUGAUUAGCCGACUGUGUAUCUUUUUUUUCCAGUAACCUAUAUAGAACAAGUGUUAAAAAAGCUAAAAGAAGUCAAUUAUGGCUCACUUGCAACUGUGGUUGGUCGUUACUACGCCAUGGACCGUGAUAAGCGCUGGGAGAGAAUCAAGAUUGCCUAUGAGGCCAUAGUCCAAGGAAUUGGUGAAACUACCACACCAGACAAAGUCAUUGAGGUAUAUAAAAAAAUUAACCUUAUGUGAGUGUCAAUGUAUUUAGCACGAAAGUACUAACUGAGGUCACUAUUUUUAUGUCUCCUACUUGGAGAUGGAACCGUCAUUUUACAUGGUUUCUGAGCCACGUGAAGGUCUAGCCGUCUGCAUGCAGAGCAAAGGUAGUACCUUCAUUUCCCUGUUAUUUUAAGACCCUGAGUAUUGGUCUGGCCUCAGGAAUCGAACCCACCACCUCCUGAUCUGCCGUCAAGUACUAACUGAGCUAAUCCUGCCAUGGUAUUCCUCCAGAAAUAUUGAAGGAGCUCUCACAAGCACAUUUGAAUUUAAUUUUCUCAUUAGCAAUAAACCUAUAGUAGAACUUUAGCAUAAACAAGUACCUUAUCUCAACAGGUCAUCAAAGGGCGAUAUGAAGCACAGGGUGACAAACAUGAAACAGAUGAAUUUCUCAAACCUAUCAUCUUAGAUCCAGAGGGAAGAGUUCAAGGUCAGUCCCUAACUUGCAUUCGUGACAAUAGUAACUGGUGUUGAAUUAUGCCCAUGAAGGCAGUAACAUUUAUGGUGUUAUUUCAUGGCACUGCUUUUGUUUUUGUUGUUAUUCUCCUUAUACAGCAAAGAGUAUAAUAAUUUUAUGUUCUAAAAAACUGAUUGAAAUGCUUUGUUGAACUUCUCAAAUGUGGAAUGCCAUUCAUCAGACCAAUUUACACAAACUAACUUACAUAACUUACUGUUUGUUUCUUUUUUAGUUUUUCUUAUUCAAUGUGAUUAUUUGUCAAGUUUAAUUUGACCCCUCUUUCAAACCUUUUGACCGUCUUUUACAUAGACUUGAAAAUGUAAGUGCUUCUUUUGUUGAAUUUUUUAUUUUGACCUUGUUCAGAUGGAGACACACUCUGCUUUAUUGAUUUCCGCUCUGAUAGAAUGAGGCAAAUUAAUGAAGCAUUUGGUAUAAAGCCACCAUUUGAGACAGAUGUCAUUCCAAAAAACAUUGUAAGUAAGCCAGACGCUGAGUGUCCAUCUUAGAGAAAGUUGACAGCAUUAUUGUGUCAAUUUAUGUUCCUAAAUCACAGAAGAUAACCACAGUUGCCUUCAGAGGAGACUAAUGUCACUCCAACUGUGUUCAUUUCACUAACUGUGGCAAUUUAUUUAUAAUUUUGAUAGCAAUAUUACUUAAUAAUUCCAUUCAUUGUUUUCACCGUCUGAGACCAUAAUGCACGUUGUUUACCCCCAAAAUUUUGCAUAACCAUUGUCUUUGACUUUUUGUUGGGAUAACUUAAUUAAAUACCCAGGUGAAAUUGGAAACAAUGUGUUUGUAAAAUUUUGGGGGUUAAGUAAGACGCAUCAUGGCCGCGGUGAAAAUGGUGAAUAGCGACAUAAAUUGAAUUUGACACACAGUUUCCUCUGAGUUCUAGUCCCCAGUCUCUCUGAAUCACUUUUUUUUUUCGGGGGGGGGGAUAUUUGAGUUAUCUGUAAAGGAAGCGGUAGCUUCCUUGAAAAAGCGGUAGCUUCCUUGAAAAGCAUGUUUUCUUCUUUAUCAUCUUUAUUAUCGCGUUUGUCAGAACGCAUUCUAAUCUGGUGUUCCUGUGGCACUAAGGCAGAAAUUUUCGAGCUAUCACUGCAAAUUAGCCACCCCCAUUAAUUUUAUCAGGGACACCUAGGCCGGGUAACUGGACUCCUUUCGACUCGAUUUCGUUUCCGUAAUUUUUCCUUAAGUGACGAACGCGGAUCCCUUCCAUACAGAUACCCUUACUUUUCUCCUUUUGUGUAACAGACGUCUUAACUUCUUCACUGGAAGUCUGCUAGGUGCAUAACCGCUUGGCCUAAAAGUGAAGCUCUCGUUAAUAUCUAUAGUUUACUCAAACAAAAUGUCAAAUAAUCGUGUAAUGCUAAGCGGCGACGGCAACAAAAACAGCUAAAAAAAAUCAGUAGGUCUAAUUAGCCAAAAAACAACUUUGCACGUACAGCACACUUUUUUUGUACAUCUCUUUUCCGUUAUUUUGCACGACUACAACGAGAAACUUCCAGAAACUUCCUAGUUUGACGUUUUAUGAAGGAAAUGUUGCAUGUGUUCCUGUUCACUCAUUUUCACCUUUGUGGCCGCCAGCAUUUCUCAUUUUCUCACCGCGGCUAUAAAACUUUAAUGUUAUUCUUCCAACGAAAUUAGUCUCCUUUGUUUUUUUAUUUCUCGCUCUAGCUCUUUUUCUGUUAUCCACGGCUUUGUUGUUGUUGCUUUUUUAUCUCUAAAAGUCCGGAUGGCUAUGCGAUCGCGCGGGUACUUGUAAUGCAAAAUCUCACCCCGACUUACAUGAUGGGGUGGACGCGCGGACGAUUUUCUCAGAACCAAUAUUUCUUGGAUGCAUAGAUAACCAAAUUUUCUUACCCAUGGCACUCCGCUGUGCGCGCUUCGCGCGCGCGUGAGUGUCCAGUUAACUCCACACCUUCUCCAGCAACGAAACUAACUAAAAUCAAGAGACUUCCUUACAAAACUUGCUGAAAAUGCACAAUCUUCACACCGAGGAUAAUUCAUGUUCAACAUUGCAAUAUAAUCUAGAAAUACGUAUCUCGCGAAACUCGGUUUUUUAGUAGCGCAACUCAAGUUAAGCCCUGUCGGGCGGGGUUAGGAAUUGGAUAGGUAACUCACCGCGAAUAUCGUCGUGAAGGUCCCUACUUUGUUCUUUCUUUUCUUUCUCUUCUUUUUUUAGCAUCAAAUAACUAUGACACAGUACAAGAAGGAAUUUCCUUUUCCUAUAUUGUUUCCCCCUGUUGUUCCGAAAAAUGUCCUGGCUGAAUGGCUUUCUGUUCAGAAUGUCCCUCAGUUCCACUGUGCAGGUAGGUCCGUGUAGACAUGUCUAAACACUAUACAGUAAACACCCUCGACUAAGAACCUGGUUUUUAAGCACCUGUUGGUUUUUAAAAUUUGGCAGUUAAGUCCCCUCUAUACAAGAACCUGUUUAGCCUAAAAUUUGAAACAGGUUCUUGUUCUCUAAAAUCUAUUUUAAAACAUCUGUACAAUUGGAAAAAUAAGAUAAGUCAACAUUCAGGACCCUCUAUGGAGACAUAAUUAUAUGCCUUAAGACUCCAAUCACUAUCAUUUCAAGAAGCUUUUUGGAAAUGAUACAGGUUCUUACCCACGAAUUGUUACUGUACACUAAAUCACGUGAUAGUCUUGAUUUCAUAAAGGUACAGUAAGUUUUCAUGUCAAGAUUACUCAAAAAUUGUGCACUCACUGGUAGGCAAAUGGUCUUCGAACACAAGAGAACAGAAAGGAAAAAUUUAGUCCUGAGGCACCAGCAAAAAAUGUCUCUUAAUAAGAGUUUCAAGCUUAAAAAUCUUGACCUGGUGUUCGUUUUAGGCAUUCACCCUUGUUUUACUACUCGUCCUAAAAGUUGGGAGCCACUUUGAUUUUUUUUGUCAGAAACUGAAAAGUAUGCCCAUGUGACAUUCUUCUUCAAUGGAGGAGUAGAGAAACAGUUUGAAGGAGAAACCAGAUUCAUGGUACCUUCACCUAAAGUAGCAACAUAUGAUUUGCAGCCUGAAAUGAGUGCUCAGGGGGUUGGUGCAGAGGUGAGUCAAGGGUAACAGCCGGUUUCGCUACUUGUAGAGUUCGCUACGUCCGAGUUCGCUACAUGUUCGCUACCAACAUGCGAAUUCGCUACUGACUCUUCGCUGCCAAAAAUUCAAAGUUUGUAAAGACUAAACGUGUAGUUAACAUUUCCACGGUCUUCUAGGACCAAGAGUCAAGUAAAAGAUAAAAUUCAUGUGAGUUCAUUUAGAAUGAGUCUUCUGCUGUCUGGUUUGAGUAUUAAGCGUCAGGUCAAUUAUUCUUCUCUGCUUGAAAUGAUUUGUCCAUAAAACUUUAGAAUUGUUUAUCCCUUGGCCCAUUAAUUUAUGAUACACAACUGUGCAAAGGUGUGGUCCUUCAAAAAUACAGCUGAAAAUAGGAGAUAGGAGAUAGGAGAUACAUGUAUGCGAUACAUAGAAACUCUUGAUUUCGUUAAAUCGAGGUUUUGUUCCAUACAUUUAACUGUAUUUAACUGGUGUGGCUGAAGAAAAUCGUUCGUUAUUUACCGAGAACUUCAUUAUAUAGAGGCUCGUUAAAUAGAGGUUCCACUAUCAUAUCCUACGAAUACAGCCGUCUCUCCUCGUUCCUCGCGAGGAGACGAGAGACGGCUGUAUUCGCAGCUAGUUUUAUCAUACAAGAGGAAUUGUCCAUGUAACCUGUCUCCAAUUUUGUCCCUGCCCUUAAUAUUAGAUUUUGUUUUAAGGUGUGUAAAGCUGUAAAGAGUGGCCAGUAUCCAUUUGUGAUGUGCAAUUUUGCCCCUCCUGACAUGGUGGGACACACGGGGAAAUACGAGCCAGCUAUUACAGGCUGUGAGGCAACAGGUGAGUCCUUCUCACUGGUACCAGAUCGUUUCGCCCGAAGGUCAAUUCGCCCUACGGCAGUUCUCUCGGUGUUUUUUCGAUUCGCUCGAUGUGUAUUUGUCGUUUUGCAAGCCUGAGGAAAAGGACUAAGCGUGAACACAGCGACUGCACUUGUGGAAUCCAAGCUUAACUAUAAAAUAACAUCUCACAUAAGCAUGUUCAUCGUGUUCUUAAGUGUUGUAUGUCAUCGGGCGAAUCGACAUAAUUCUAGGCGAAACAAUCGCAAGUCAGUGCAGGUUUUUUUUAGACUUUUAAUCCUCCAAGAGACCUGGAAGGGGCCCCUGAAAAGCCGCACCCUCCUCUCCUCAAUUACUUACCCCUUUUUUUGUUUCUGCGUCACCCUCAACUGACUGAAUUGCUGAAAAUGGUCUGUUGAAUAAACGGUUUAUUUAUUUUUAUUCCCCCCCACCCCCCCCCCACACACACACACACCCCUAGUCAUGUAGCAGCUCACAAUGGGAGAUGGUGAUAAACAGUGUUGUGUUAUUGUUUUCUGUGACCAAUGAGGAAUUACCUUACGAGCAGCUCCUACAUUACUGGGCACCCCUCACCAGCGCCUAUAUUAUCUUGGUUGUCGUUCUCUCCAUAAACCCCAUCCGUAGACGCCUUGACACUGGGCGCAGAGGAUUUAUGUUCUACAUUGAUUCCAGUAACAUUCUUGGUGCGAAUCACCUUUGUUCAACCGUUUGAAGCGUUUGAUUGUGUUACAAGUCGGUGAAUUACUGUCUCUGCUCGGUAGGAACGAUUUUCACCUGAAGUGCGGGACCUUCGGAAAGCUCCGAACGAGGCACGAGUUGCCGAGAAGAAAAAAGAGAGAAGAAAGCUGCAUUAUAGGUUACCUGUUAGUCAUUUUGGUGAUCAAUCUGAGGUCAUUGCUUUAUGCGGUUUUCGGUAGCAUAAUGUAUCACCCAACUUGAAACACGAUCCCUUGACGCGCGUUUUCAAGGUGCUUCUAGCCUGCUAGCAAGCUCUGGUCGCCCCGCCACCAGAGCGCCCCGGAGAGCUAGCAGGCUAAGGUGAUUCGCGCUGUGAAUAUGAAACUACAAAUCAAGGUCGAACUAACCCUCGGCCCUACAGCCAAGAGGGAGUUAAGCAGAAUUGAGAAUAUGCCAACUGCUUCGUAGGGGAGCAUAGUAAGCGGCGUGCUUUUUUAUAUUCUCGUCUCAUUCAGUGGAUUUUACCUCGGCCAUCCAGAGAAGACCAGAAAACCUCUGCAUGCAGAGUAGAAGGAAUAGAAUAGGACUGAGAGAGAAGUUUUAAAAGUCCUGUUUUGUUUGUCUUAGAUAAGGAAAUAGGUGAGAUCUUCAAAACCUGUGAAGAGCAAGGUUAUGUGUUAAUGGUUACAGCAGAUCAUGGUAAUGCUGAACAAAUGUUUGCUGAGAAUGGUGGUCCACAUACAGCGCAUACUACUAACCGGGGUGAGUGGUUAACAAAUUUCUACGAAUUCAGCUGUUUAAGUAGUUUAAAUCUAUUAAUCAAGCAGGCCUCGAGUUUAAUGCUAUAGUAAAUCAAAACUUAGACUUCUAGCAGUCCCUCAGGAUUUGUGGGUGAGCGAACAUAAUGAGAUAUGACGAGGACGAGAUUUUCUCAAUAAUCAUUUUGCAAACAACCGUGCUAACUUUUCUAGUGCAACAAAGCCUUCCAGUGUAAAUAUUUUCGAGAAUACGCGAAAAUACUUUAAAUUAAAUCUCGUCCUCGAAUUUAAAGGUCUCUAUUAAGCGUGUUUGGCGAAGACAACGCUUCCUGAAAGUGAGAACGUGAAAGCGCGUCAGAGGGUAAGGACUGAACGCGACUUCUGAUGCUCAAAUUGCCGUUCCGCCUUUGGUCAUAUUGGUUUAACUGCGCGCGCCGUCCUCCACAUUGCUUUUACUUAAUCCGCCCAUUACGAGAGGGCGAAGAAACUGAAAAACAAGGCUCCCUCUUCCCCUUCCACUGUUCAGGUGCCUUCUCUCCUGACCUCUAAGGAAGGCCCAAUACUCAGGUUACAAAGGUCAGUCUAGUCAGAAAGCAAUAUUACUGACUUGUUAAGUAAACAUGCAAAGACCAAUCACUUCAAGGUCUUUGUGGACGAACAAGUACGAAGGUAACUUUUGAAUUGCUUCGUGGCCUCUUGCUAUCACGAUGUUAUUUCAUGCAAAUUCAGAAGCAUAACUAGGGCAUCGAAUUAUUAUUAUUAUGAUUAUUUUCAUUUUUUUAUUUUUUUGCUUUUCUUGGCCACAGAAAGGAAAUAACGAAUGUCUGCUUGUGGCCUUAGUUUUUUCCGCUGGUAUCACUGUACCUUAUAUUGUUUUGUCUUUGUGUUUGUUUUCAGUGCCCUUCGUUAUGACCGGUGGACUCAAGUUUAAGGAAAUCACUCACAAUGCGGCGCUUUGUGAUGUAGCGACUACUGUGUUAGAUGUUAUGGGUCUUCCAAUUCCACAGGAAAUGACUGGGCAGUCACUGCUUGCUAAAUAGACAGUCACAGUCAAAGUCUUGUGGACAAUGAUCGUCCUGUCUUUGUAUCUGUGGGUAGAUUAAGCAACAACGACGGCGAGGACAGCGAAAACGUUUCUUGAAAAGUGAAUUCGCGCUGCGUCAAACUUCAUCACUUCCUGCUAUUCUAUCGAAGUCUACCUCGUUUGAUUUGUCAAAUGUUGGCGAAUUUUUCUGGAAUUGAAUUGUAAGGGGCUCUAUCUAAUUUCUGAAAAAGAAAGGCGGAAAACCGUGCUGUUGUGUUAACGUUUUCCAUAAAGCGUAAAGUUAGCAAGUUUGACGUUUAAGUCGUGAAACGACGGCAAGGAAAUGUACAAAAAAGCGUGAUGCACGUGCAAAGUUGCCGUUCUAUUGCUGUCUAAACCUUGCUUUUUUGCCGUUGUCGUUGUUGUUGCCGUUAUCGUUGCUUAAGCUCCCUUGUAUCUUUAAUUUAUUUUAACACAUAACUAAGCAAGUGAUUAGAGACUAAUUUCUUUGCGUGUCUCAUAUAUAUUGUUUUUUCCAAGACUAAAAAAUUUUAUGCCGGUGGUAUUAGAAUAACUUCGAAAAGGAAGAACGUUUGCUCGGCAGCUUCAUUUUGGAGCUAAUUUUACCAGUGGUUGGAGAUAAACUCACCGCAACCGGCGAGUAGUCCUGGGGACUCGUAAAUGCCAGGAGCAUUUUUGAAAGACUGAGUAAAUAAUAUAAAUC